AUGCCAUACGGUAGAAGUGAUGUUGGCAGAACGGGUACAUUAUCCAAAACUGGUAUAGCAAUUUUUGAACGUCAGUUGAAGAAGAAAACAAAAACAGAAUUUCCGCAGAUACUAAAAACAUUUGCUACAACCUUGCAAUUCUAUUCUAGUAGAGCAUAUAAUUAUAUAAGAAAAACAUUUAUAAAGUCCUUACCACAUCCUGAAAUUAUUCUAAGAUGGUAUCAUAAUGUAAAUGGAAAUCCUGGUAUUACUACACAAGCUAUAAAUACUCUAAAAUUAAAGAUCCAUGAAGCUAACUUGGCAGGUAAAAUGUUACACUUUAAUCUAACAAUAGAUGAAAUGUCUAUACAUCGUGAUGAAAAUUGGAAUGGUGAAAAGUACGUUGGAUUUGUGGAUAUAGGAACAGAUAUCGAUACAGACGAGUUACCACCAGCCAAGUAUGCAUUAGUUUUUAUUAAAUUAUUAGUUGAGUUGCAAGAAACAGAAGGACUUCAUGCAGCAACUAAAAUUCGCCGUCGCCAACUCAAUUUUUAUAAUGAAAAAAUGAAAGUGUCACUAGCAGCGCAAGUAUUAAGCACCAGCGUAGCAAAUGCAUUAACAUUUUGUGAACAAGAUUUACAACUCCCGCCAUUUGCAGGUAGUAGUGCAACGACAAAUUUUUGUCUUCAAAUCAAUAAUAUUUUCGAUUUAUUAAAUGGUCGAAAUCGUUUCUAUAAGAAUAAAUCUGCACAAUGUAUAACAAGAGAAAAUUAUGACGAGAUAUGCAAACAAGUAGACAAUUUUUGUAUCUAUUUGACAGGAUUGAAAGACGCUAAUGAAUAUAUUCUUAAAUCUAAUCGCAAAAUGGGUUUUUUUGGUUUCAUUGUGGAUAUAAAAAGCAUAUUAGAGAUUUCCAAAAGUUUAUUUCAGGAUCAUAACAUCAAAUAUCUUAUGACGUACAAAUUAUCUCAGGAUCAUGUAGAAACAUUUUUUAGUGCCAUACGGAGUCGUGGAGGAUUUAAUACUAAUCCGACAGCAAAUCAGUUUAUAGCAGCUUACAAACGGCUCCUGGUUCACGCGGAUGUAGAUAUAUCUAAAUCUGCAAAUAGUACAAUAAUAGAUGAAACGGUUGUCUUAAAUAUAUCCACUACAGCAUUAACUAAUAAUACAGGUGAACAAAGUAUAAUAGAUAAUUUGACACAUGAUUAUACCGAGAAGCAAGAUUCUGUUAUAGUCAAGAGCGAUCACAAUUAUUAUCAUGAUUUUCACAACGAAUGGCUAUGUAGUGAUUAUAUUGAAGAUGUG